CAUGACAGAAUGUAUCAAAGACUGCUGCAGGACAUUUAUGUCCAAGAAGAACGAGCCAGAGAUUCAGAUGAUUAAGGUUCGACCUCCUGGUAAAUUAACUGCUGAGUCUAAUGUGAAGAGGAAUGUUGGAGUAUCAGAGGAUUAUCUGCUGUCUAAACUGCCUCCGGAUGGCCGGGAGGUUCCAUUCGUUGUCCCAAACUUCAAACCUUCCUAUAUCCAGCCGAGAGGAGCACAGUACUCUGGCUACAACAUUGGGCAACAGAGUGCCACAAGGACCACUUAUGCAGAAAGGAAGGCAGAACUCGCAGGAGCCGGUCAAAUGAUGUAUGACCCUGAUUUGACCUUAAACAGCAGUCAUAUGAUCAGCUACGUGUCACCAGGCUCACUGAGACGCCCCACUCUGAAAAUCAGACCCAACAGCAGUCCUGGCACAGGUUUGGAACACAGUGACAAACAGAGACUCAGUCUUUCCAUGUAUGAUCUGUCAAACACUCAGGGCCACGUACAGCGGUAUGAUUCUGUAUCCAGUGUCCAGAGCAGCACAUCCUCCAUUCAGGAAUCCUUUGGGAGCAGCCGUAGUCUAGAGUCCAUCACACUGUCUGGCGAUGAGCGAGAUUGUGAGCCAGGAAAAGUGUGUGUGCACCUGAAGUAUGAAGAGGCAGUGGAGCAGGUGUGGAUCACCUUAGUGAAGUGUACAGAUUUGAGUGUGUAUACUGACGGGGUGGAGGUGCAGAAGAUUGGGGUCAAAGGGGUCAUCACCAUGACCAAGCCAGUGCGAUUUAAGAGCACCGUCAAGGAAGCAUCAGCAGACACUGUCUUCAUGGAGACAUUUGUGUUCACUCUGAACUUAGAGCAGAUACGCAGAUCUGCACUGGUGCUGUGCCUGCAGGCUCACGCACCACGUAGGCGUACGCUGGGAGAGUGUGUAUUAUCUCUGCGAACCCUUGGACCACAGGAAACAAAGCACUGGCUGGAGUUCAAGCCUCACUCUAAAACACAUGUGAGUCCUCACCUGUUGUAUCCCUUUGUGACUGCAUAUCUAAUCCCAACUGUCUCUCCCUCUCCAGAUCCUUCCUGGUUUUGA